AUGGCGGGCAGCGUGAGGAAUAUGGAAAAUCUUUUCGAACAGCAAGACAGAGAGAUACUUUUUGAGCAUGAUUAUUAUGGUUCAGGUGGAUUUAGGUUCAAGGGAAGUGAAAGCAGCGCACUUUCUCUUCUAAACAAGCUGAGACUCGAAGGAGAAGGGGGUUUUUGCGACGUGACCCUGGAAGUUGAAGGAAGACAAUUGGCCACUCAUCGAUGUGUUUUGGCGGCAAGCAGCCAAUUUUUUUAUACCAUGUUUAGUAGUGGUAUGAAAGAAUCGAACGAAACACUCUUAAAGCUGCACUCGGUUAGUUUUGACUCCAUGUCGGUUAUUCUCGAUUAUUUUUACACGCGAGAGAUUGUUAUUAGCGACGACAACGUGUUAGAGUUACUCAACACUGCAAGCUUUCUUCUUGUCACUCCAGUGAAAAAGGCGUGCAUUCAGAUUCUCAACAAACAGCUUAGUAUUGAAAAUUGUUUCAGUAUCCUACAAGUAGCCGAGCAGUUUGGUGCAAGUGAACUUGUGAAAAGGGCAAGCAACUAUAUUAAAGAGAACUUCUUCUCUGCGGUGAACAACGAAGAAUUUGUUUCCAUUUCAAAAAAGAGUCUGAUUGACUUUAUAUCCAGUGAUGAAAUUCAAGUGGAAAGGGAGGAAGAGGUCUACCAAGCUGUACUGAAGUGGGUGAAGUAUGAUGAAGAAAAUCGUGUCUCAGAUUUACCUGAAUUACUAAGCCAUCUGAGAGGGAAGUCUUUGCCUCAAGGGUUCUUGAAAUCGGAGAUGUCCAAAGAGCCACUACUUGCUGCCUUCUCCAGUCUGGUAGAAUCUUCCAAGAGGAAGAUCAAAACAAAAUGGACAAAGAAGAAAUGUGGAAAGCGAACAGGGGCAGAUGACAAACCAGAAGCUGAGAGGACAAGAACAUCUACGGAAGUGCAUAAUGUCAUGAUUGGGAUUAGUUCUGCACUGUAUGGUUCCCGGAAGGCAUUCUGUUAUGAUUUGGACAAGGAAGAAACAUUUGUUUUAUCAGAUUACCCCAAUAUGCAUGUUGAUCCAGAACUGGCAGUUACUGGACGGUCUCUGUAUAUAAUAGGUGGGAGUAAACUUUUCAAUGGUGCUCCCACAAGAUUAAGUGCUCUGUGUCUUGAUGAGGUGAAGAAUCAGAGGAAGCCUUCAUUUAGCAUCUUCAGUAUGGACCCAGAAUGGGAGACUAAAGCACCUUGUAAAGUUAGCAGAAUAAAAGCUUCCCUGGCACAACUUAAUGGGCUGCUGUAUUACAUAGGUGGAUGGCUUGAAGAUGGGAGUUGCUGUAACACAGUGGAGUGUUACAAUCCAGAAAUGGAUGAGUGGGUGUACUGUGCCAGCUUAAACACUUCCAGAUCUAGGUCAGGCUGCGUGACAGGGAAUGGUCACAUUUACAUCAUUGGUGGUGAAACUGCUCUUAUAUCGGAGAAUUCAGAUUUUCUUUCAAGUGUUGAGAGGUUUGUUUGAGUUAAAUAGUACUAGGCAAGGAAAUGGCAAGAUCUAUGCUCACUACACGGAAAUCACUAGAUUGAUGCCAUUUUUAUCCAUAAGAAUUGCAGGGUUCAUACAGGUCAUGGAAAACCUGGAAAGUCAUGGAAUUUAAGAAUUUCAUUUUUCAGGCCUGGAAAGUCAUCUAAUUUAAUAGUUGGUCCUUGGAAAAUGAAAUUUCUGUUUGGGAGAUUGGUCACUGCAGAUGACAAAGCAAGGACAACUUAAGAUCAAGAGGACUAAACAGUGCGAAUGGCACGCAUUUUGGUGGACACUAGAGUUUGUGUCUGUUGAACUGUUUAACGUCAAAAAAUAUAUGCUAAAACAAGGAAAGUUUUGAAAAUUUUCGAAAGUGACAGCUAAACCGAAGGCUAUGGAAAACUCUAAAGGGUAUGGAAAUAGUCAUGGAAAGUCAUGGAAUUUGAAGACCUCAAAAGAGUAUUUUGAACUUUUUUAUCUGCUCAUUUCCUAUCUUGAAAAUUUUUCUUUCUGAUGUUUGCUCUUUGCUGUAAAUGUGAUUGUAAAUCUCCCCAAUGUUUCACUCAGGUCUGCCUUAACUGAGUAAAACAUAAUCCUAAUAGUGGGUUAAAUGCUAAUAGUUACUAAGCAAACAACUUAAAUUUGGCUUUUUCCAAGAAGUUAAUGAGUAUUUUUGGUGAUGUGGAUAAUAUAAAAUAAUAUUAUAUUAUAUAAUGCACACAUUGUGUUGUCAAUCAAAAUGAAAUGUACUGCCUAAAAUAGUUUCAAUGUAGGUUGGUUCUCAAUUUCCAUUAUUUCAUAACGCUAAGUUUUUUAUGAUCUUGAUUCAAUGAUUAGGGUUAGAAGACGAAGGAAAUUGAAAAUAAACCUUAUUUAUCUUUUUGUUAGGUAGAAUAUAGAGGAUAUUACAUGGUGGCGCGAAGAUAUGAAUUUUAUUUUCGAGUGGCAAAACAAUAUUUUACGAACAACAUCGAUAAAAUAAUAGAGGGAAAUGACCGAAAUUACGUCAUCGAUAAACUCACGUGUGAGAUUAUGGAAAAUAAACCACUCGGGUCCUGGAUGUAGUUUUUAUGAAUUUUACGAGUGGUAUAUUUUCCAGUAAAACACUCGUGUCUAUAUAAUAAAGUUCAAUAAUUCUUAAAACGUUUCUCAUCCAAUUUUCUUGAACCUGUUGGUUUUUAAUACCUUUGUAGGUAUGAUCCAGGAAAGGAUACAUGGUCAUUUGUUGCCAGUAUGAAUCAAGCAAGGCUACUGCCAAGGUCUGUAUGCUUGAAUGGCAAGAUCUAUGUGAUUGGGGGACAUACAUCCAGUACAAAUGGUAUAACCUCAACCCCUACGUGUGAAGUGUACUCUCCUAAUACUGACGAGUGGCAUUUUAUUGCAAGUCUCCCUUACCCUGAUAGUGGAUGCAAUGACGUUAUUGUAGUAAAGAACCAGAUCAUAGUGCCUUUGAUGCGUGAUGUAACUUUUGAUUUCUCCCACGAUGCUGUAAAGUACAAUGUGCGGACUAAUACUUGGCGAAAGGUAGAGCAUUUUGGUCCAAGCAGCAAGCUGGCAUCUUUUACUCUCUGUACCACUAAGCUGCCGGCAAUGAUCCUGCAAAGGCUGCCCAAAGCACUGUUUUCAGACGAUGUUUUUGGAGAAGAUAGUGAAAAUGAUAUGGAAGAUGAUUCUUACAGAAGUGACGGUGAUGACAGUUUAAGUUUCUUUGGAUGGCGUGCAGUGCAUGGGUUUAUGGAUUGGGCUUAUGGUUCCAGUGAUGAUGAAGCCUACUGGUAAACAGUUUGAAACCUUCCCUUAAUUUGGGGAACUCUAAGUGCCAUGUUUUGUUUACUUUGGGAGGUUUUAAAUGUGCAUCAAUCAUUGAAGCAUUUCAUUUUUAAAUCUUAAAGUUUACCAGUUAACUAUGGGUACUUGUUUUAACCAUCAUGAAAUAAUUUCAUUCAUAUUAUAGGGCGUUUUCACUCAUGUGGCCAGCAUCUAUGCUAAUUUAUUGGAACAAUGAAAGUUUUUGCAUAAGAAAAGAGUUCAACUCCCACAGGAUUAGUUUAGAACACCAAUAUGGCCACCAUUUCAUUGUUAUGGAACACCAAUAUGGCCGUUGUGGUGUCUGUGAAAAUGCUUUAUAAGGAAGUAGUCUUCAUUUCGCACUGAUGCUUUAGGUAGUGUGCUAGUUAAAGGUACCUGAGCAAUAAUAGUCUUAAAGUCCCAUUAGAAUGCACUUAAGCAAUGCAGUGAAGAUAUUGGUGUUCCAGUAAGAGAACCUUCACCAUGUAGAACUGUCAAUAACUUGUCAUGUUGCUAUUGACUCAUUACAAAUUGUAUGGAGAAGUUCAGUUAUGGUCACUUGUGGAGGUUAGAGGGUGGUGCCUCCUACAACUGGUGACAAAAUUAUUGGUUUAGGCACAUUACUCUG